AUGGUCCAAGUGGAGAAGAUGCGACCAGCACCUGAAGUCUCUCUGUCACCCACCCAGUCACCCACGGACUUACGCGUAUUGGCUGUGGGCGGCAUUUGGAGUUGGACAUGUGGCCCUUUUUCCUCACCUCCUUUGUCCACCAAGGCUAUCGCCAGUCUCCAAGUGCCUCCCAAGCGCCCCCCCGCAGGCGCAUCUGCUGCGUAUGGCCUGGUGCCAAUACUACAAAGGUGGAAGUACGUACUCCGUAUAGAUACCUACCUACAACCUGCAGGCUGCGGGCUGCCAGGACUGAGGAGAGACACCGCCGCCCUCGCCGCCAACGCCGUUUCCAUCCUCGAAUCCUUGAUCCAUCAUCGCACUUUGCACGCACCCGCCAACGUCGAGUCACCUGCCAAUCUGUCCAGGUUGCGUCGAGUCUAUCCAGUGGAUGAAGGGCCGUCUCGAGUCUCUCGACCCCUCCAGUUGCUCAAAAAAUUCCCCACGGAACCCGCCCGACGCGACGCACCUGGCACCCACAAACAGAAAACCCCACCAGCUGAUUCUGCGAGCCUGCAAGCUACUACGACUGUGUACGAAUACGGUCCUAUUGGUACUUUAGUACGGAUACCUUGCCAUACCGCUGAUGCUGUUUCUGCUGCUGCUGCUGCUGGGCAUGAAUUGCAUCUCGUCUUCCUUGCCUCCUGUGCGCGGUGCUUGACUCGGUGGCCGGCCAAUCCUGACAACCAAGCGCCGAUAUCUCAUUUCCAUCCCAUGUUCCAUUCCCCCAGACUUGCGGCUUGCGGCUUUGCCAGGGCACGAUAA